AUGAUCAGUGCUGCACCUGUUACAAAGAAAGCUUAUGAUCUUAGCCUGAAGGUUAAACGAUGGGUUAAGACAAGUCUUGCUCCAGGUUCCAGAGUUGUCGAAAAAUAUUUGGACCAAAGUGGAGUCCGAGAGGACUUGAACAAGCAAGGAUUCCUAAUUGUGGGAUACGGUUGCACAACAUGUAUUCGGAAUGGUGACCUUGAUAAAUUAGUUGCAGCUGCUAUUGAAGAAACUGGUAAUAAUAUCCUCAUGUAUAUGUACAUACUAUUAAUCUUCAUAAACAUGGAUAUGACCCCUUUAUUGUUGGUUCUUUCUGCUUCUUUUGUGUCACAGAUGAGCAAAAAAUGCCUAUAA